CAAGAAGCUUCAAGUUCACGCCUACUAGUUAAUUUUAGGCAUUCUUGUGCCUCAUUUCAGGUAAGCCGUAUCGGAAAAACAACAAACACAUUCAUUGAUUCGCUUUCGCAUAAAGCAUCUGCAUCACUAGAUUUAAUAAGAGCAUCACAUAAGAUGGCAAAUAGAUCACGAAGAGUUCGACGAACGAGAAGUCAGACAUCCGCGUCCGGUGCUGGUCUUCUCACCAGAUCUUCUUCUUCAGCACUGCUGCUCAGCGCAGCUUUUCAAGGUGUAUUUGUCUUCUCCUCCAAGGCUGCUGAUGCAGACGCAGUCCCCUACCUGCCUGGCUUCGGCACACCACCAAGCCAGCACUUUUCAGGCUUUCUAGAUGCCACUGCUGGGUGUGAUACCGAUUCAAAUGGACCAUUUUGCAAAUUGCACUACUGGUUUGCAACGAAAGAAGAUGUAGUAGUAGAGAGAGAUCAUGUCUCGGAGAAGGAUGCUGCAGUAGUAAAAGAGGACUCCGCAGGUGUUGAACAAGUGAUAACAGACACGACAAGUAGUGCUGAACCUGAACACCUGGAUGAAAAUACACAACAAGACGAAGCAGCGGUGUUCCGGAAAGCCAAUUCUAAUAGCAACGCUAGAUCAACAUUGUUAUCCUUGUCCAAGUCGAAGAAGGACCACACCAACGCAAACAAUCAUGCUGUGUUUGCAGACAAAUCCAUUCCAGUGAUUCUCUGGCUCAACGGCGGACCUGGUAGUUCAUCCUUGAUAGGAUUUUUGCAGGAAAAUGGGCCGUUGAUGAUGAACGCGACUGGAGGAUUCAUGCGCAACCCCUAUGCCUGGACGAAAGUUGGCCAUCUGUUGGCGAUCGAGCAACCUUUGGGUGUAGGGUUCAGCUACUGCGCAAAUUCAGUGGCUGAAGGUAGUCGGGCUUUUUUCGCAGAGGAGUCCGCUCCCUUUUCAACAACUGUAGCUACUUCCUUGCCAGAAGUACUUUCUUAACGUCAACUUACUUGCAUCAGGACACUCAGGAAACGCAAACGCUUGUACAACUACAUCGUCGAAUGUUAAUAGACCUCUGCAUGUUUUGAUCUUCAUGUUCAUUUCAUCGAUCAGAGACCGAGUCCUCACCCACCGUCCACUUCCAGGCUCCAAGAAGAAGCUCUGUAAGAACCGCGAUAAGACUGCUGCUUCAAUGGCUCGAGCGGCUGUGGUCGAUUUUUUCACGUCUAAGUUUCCAGAACUUCGCGACAACCCCUUCAUCAUCACUGGAGAAUCCUACGCCGGCGUCUACAUCCCCACUAUCUCCAAGCAAAUACUAGAUUGGAACAAAAAACCAAGCACUGGGAGCGAAGCGAAGGUCAAUUUAAGGCUUGUUGAAGAAAUCCAUCUUGAUUAUGAAGAUUGUAGUCCCCUUUCUUUCCAAUCAGCUUUGAUUUCGGUCCCGUUUUGAUUUUGAAGACGAGAUCUUUGAAGUCGGGCACCACCAAGAUCGAUGCUCAGCAAGAUCAAGAAGAUGGACCUACUUUGAGCAAAGCACAACCCAGCUAAUCAAUCUAGUGGCCAUCGGCGUCGGAGACCCAUGCACUGACAACGAUGCUCAAGCGAACGCGAUGGAUGCCCUGUGGUAUGCGCAUAAGAACGGAUUUGUGCCAGACCAAGACUUCGACUUCCUCUGGAACACGUGCAAGGCAAGGGUGCCAACUAAGAUGAGCGUGUGGCGGGAAAAGAUCAAAGCUAGAGGAUUUCGAGUAGUAAGAGGAGCGGGGGUGGCGGAUGGUACACCUGGUUUCUUGGUGGAUUAAGAUUAUCUAUUUAUAAAAAUAAUUGUUGAUUGGACUAGGCCCGUUGUGGUCGUGUUUUCACUUGUAGUUUCUUCAUUAUUUCUUAUAAAAGCAAGGCAAAGGCAUAAAAAGAAUCAAUAACUUCUUAGAGACUCAUUGAUUCUCAUCGAUCGUGAAUUCCGCACAACGUCCCAUAAAUUGGCCACAACUCAAACGACCUCGCUUCACCAAAACAUCAGCUCUCGUCGAAAUGCUCCCUCGAAUGCCAUCUGAAGAGUUCCGUGUUGAGAUUCCUGGAUGCCGUGGAGCCUGGAGGAGGUUUUUGCUCUCAGCCUCAAACGCCUUCAGUCAAGGGUGGUCCAGGCAAUGGAUAAACCCAUACGCUUUGUAUAUUAUGAGAAGAUGUCAAAUAAUUCCAUGUCUGGUUCUGGUAUUUGGAAGCCUGAAUUUGAUCCUAAGGGUUCUCUUCUUGUUUUCCCUUAGGAUCAAAUUCAGGUUAGCAAAUACCAGAACCAUUCAUUCCAUUUUUUAUUAUGGAUAAACCCAAUCAUUGAGAAUUAUGAUGCCCUAGUUGUAUAUCUUCACGUUCAUUUUUCUCUUCUAAUCCCUGUCCUUCCGGAGUCACGUCCGAAGACGAUGCCAUGGCCGCGUGGCUGAAUCGUAAAGACGUUCAAAAAGCUCUCCAUGUUGAGGAAGCCAAGGUUGCUCAAUGGCCUCAGACUGGCGCAGGAUUCGACUACUCCCAGGACUAUGCUGCCUGUAAUCAAGCAGCAGAGCCAGGAGCGCCUUCGAUUUAAGGAGACAGCAGACAGCUUAGUUGUACAACUUAGACUUACUCUGUACAACUUACUCGGCAGUUUUUCAUGUUCUAAUUCAUUUUCAUGGAAGUAAAUAAAGCUAUGUGUCUAUGUCUUCGUCAGUGUCUUUUUUCUCUCGGAGUACGAACGAGAAACCAGAGAAAAGGAAUGCGUAAGUUUAAGUACCGAUAAUAAAUUGACAAAGCUGGUGCGAUGAAUGCGAUGACUCAUUCUCUUCUAAUCCAUGCUCGCUUUCUACCGAGACAUCGCACCCCAACUGAAAGUGACCCUAGUCUACAACGGCGACGCGGAUCCUUGCGUUUCCUAUGAAGGGACCAGACUAGCGAUGACGCGGGUUGGGUUCAAGGAACUAGACGGCGGCUCCUACCGACCUUGGUUUUACAAAAAGACCAAAGCAGAUGCAGGGUUGAUGAAAGACAAAGCGGUUUUGUUUUUAUGAAGUUGAAGCAGAAAUAAAGACCACGUCGUUGAACUACAUCAAGACUUUAUGAAUUAUAGGGUAGUUAGUAGUCUUUUUAUUAUCCAUUUAUGAAGAUACUUCCACCAGAAGUAUCACUGAAGACUGACACUGUUGUAAUAUCUGUGACUGUUGUAUUGUACUCCUCUGGUAGUGUCACUUGUUCUUUCUUCUUUUUAGAUCAUGUUUCUUCUAAUGUGCGGUCCCUUCCUGGUCGAACAAGAGGUCCCAGAACCGCAGUUUGGUGGUGAAAUCGUCAACUACGAACACGGCCUGUCCUUCCUGACGUUUCACGGCAGUGGCCACAUGGUUCCGCAGUUUAAACCGAUUGCGAGUCUGCACUUUUUGAAGACGAUAGUGAAGACACUGGGGACGGAAGGACAUCUCCUACGAGGAGACGGCAACAAAAUGAACGUCGACGAAGUAGAGCAUCCCUUCUUCGACUUGAGUCCCUUGAUGCCGAGUAACACGACGCUGGAGACAGUGUCUGACGAGGAGUUUGCCAAAAUGUUGAAUUCUUGGACAGACACAGCGAAACAACGCUGAGUACGAGUAGUGCGUGUGUAGUAAAAAGUGUCAGGAGUUACCACUUCACUGAAUGGCCUCAUACGUAGACACCUAUUACUAAAAGAGAGGCGCCAUGCCCAUGACAUUACAUGACAUGACAUGACAUUCCUACUACUAGCCGGACCCUGACGACGAUGAGACCCCUCUGUCCUUCCGCCGCCUCGUCUUUUCGCUGUACAACUAGAACUGAAAAACGUUUGCCCCACUUCCACAUCAGCAUCAUUUUGCUUCUUUUAAUCAAGAUUUUUUGGUCCCAUGCGCUCGACACCUGAUUCUUGUUGAACCAUACACCUCCUAUGCGAAGGUAUUACACCUCUAUAACGAGAACACCGAGUGAGAUAGAAACCAGUCAAGCCUCCAAGAACAUGAAGAAUAACCAUCACUUAUACUUUUUCAACAGAACAUAAAUCGGUACCAAUUGCACGGUUGUUGUAAUGUCUGGUGCUCAGUAGACGAGUGCAGAUGAGCUCUAUUCCACGGAUGAAGAUGCAGCUUCCGACAUGGCUCUGAGAAGCUUUGCAACGCCUACAUCAUCA